CUCAGUGUCUCCCGUGGAUUGUCGGUGGUCGGUAGUGUGGCCUGUUGCUCUCUCCUCACUUGAGUGCCAUCAGUGCCCAAAGUUGACUCUUCGUGUGUAUCUUUGUGUUCACUGGUGCACUUCAACCUUUACGUCGAGAUAUCAAAACAGGUAAUAGUGAUUUCGAGUGAUAUGACAUACUGCAGUUUAGAGUGAAAAAAAGUAGAAGCAGAAAGCAAAAGAGUCUUCGACUGUUUCUUGUUAAAUGACUUAAUCUAAGACUUGAAAACCGACGUAAGACUGUUCAUGCUCAGACAAUCUCGACGCUCAAAGCUUCAGCUUGCUGAUUGCCUCUGCAAUAAAAUUGGCCAUGGAUUUCCUUGAAUUAGGAUCUCCCAUGAGCUUUCCCUCAUGCCGAAAUCAGGUCUCACGGCCCGGGUUAAUGUCAAGGGACCUACAGGUCCUCCAAGUGUUCAGUUAAGACCUGAUUUGCUGCUGCUGCUGCUGCUGCUGCUGCUGAGACGGUGGCCAUGUUGAGAGUGGUCUACAUCACCUGCUGGGCUAUGUCGGUGAUAGCAAAUGAGGCCAGGAUGUCGCCUUCGGAGGUCCUCAGGAGAGACGACUCAAGCCCGACCGGCAACCUGAUGCACUUCGAGGCCAGACACCCGCUGCCUCUGCAACGGCUCAUCCACACCCUCCCUCCAACGCCUCCUCCACCCCUGCCCUCUUUCCCUCCGACGUAUACGGAGGCUCUAGUUUCAAUGUUGCCCCUGAGAGCCGAGGUCCCUGACUCCGAAUGCGUCGAUAAGGACCUUCACACGAACGGUGAAGUGUUUGAUCACGCAGAAGGAGUCGAUGGUACCAAGUGUCCAAGCUUUCACGAUGGAUACGCUUGUUGGCCAUCAACAGCUCCCGGAACAUACGCCACUGUGCCCUGCCCGCCAGCACUCUUGGCGUAUAAUUCGACAAAUUAUGCGUCUCGACUCUGCGGCACUGAUGGGAAAUGGUCACCGGAGAGUACCGAUUACCUGCCUUGCGCUACAGGCAGUAUUUUGCAGAGAGAGGAUACAAGCCACUCUGUGGCGCCACAGAGUGGCGUCGUUGUGUGGCGGGGAUGUGGCUACCCAUAG